AUGACAAUAACCGAUUUGCUGCUGCUCGAAAUGUCCUCUUCAAUGCUAUCAGCAAAUUGGCAAAAGCGUUACUAUGCAUCAUCCACUACUGCGCCCACCAGGAAAUCUGCUGAUUUUGCAGCUAUUGCUACAACUGCUAAUUAUGCUAAUCAAUCAUGCGCAUACUGUGAUCAAUCUGAUGAAAAUUUUUGCUGCAAUCAAAAUUAUAUUCAGAAAAAAGAGGAAAUGGAACAGUUGGAAAUCAAAGUACCGCGGAAAAAUAAAAUUGGUCCUCGACGAUAUAAAACACCCAGCCCACAAUUGUUACGGAUGCGACGUCAAGCAGCGAACGCUCGGGAGCGACGGCGAAUGAACAAUUUGAAUGAUGCGUUCGAUCGGUUACGUACUGUGUUACCGUCGGUAGGCACUGGUCGAAGAUUGUCGAAAUUCGAAACUCUUCAAAUGGCACAGCAGUAUAUUGAUUGUUUAGCUGAAUUGUUGAAUAAACCACGAUGA